ACACCAAUAAUACAGCAAUAGCUUCAAUUCUCACUUCUCUUCAACUAGCUAGUACGUAUUUGUGUUAGUUGAGACAUGGCCAAGAGCUCUGCUUCAGUUGCUCUCUUCGUCAUCCUCAACAUCCUCUUCUGUGCCCUUGUCUCCGGCUGUGGCACCUGCCCAGGUCCGAACACGCCCAUGCCAAAGCCAUCUCCGCCUUCGAGUCCAAACAAGCCCACGCCAAAGCCAUCUCCGCCUCCAAGCUCUGGUUCGGGAUCGGGUUCGGGCAAGUGCCCUAAUGAUGCCCUAAAACUGGGUGUGUGUGCUGAUGUGCUCAAUGGGUUGAUCCAUGCUGUGGUGGGCAACCCAUCCGUAACUCCAUGCUGCAGUCUCCUUAAGGGCCUUGCUGAUCUUGACGCAGCUGUUUGCCUUUGCACUGCCAUUAAGGCAAACAUUUUGGGCAUCAACCUGAAUGUUCCUGUCUCGCUGGGCUUGCUUCUCAACGCCUGUGGGAAGAAGACCCCUUCUGGAUUCAAGUGCACCUGAAGUUUAUAUACUUAAUUAAGCUUGUUUGAUUUGAGAGCUACAACUAUUUAUUUAAAGCGUGUGUGUGGUUAUUAUGUAAGUGUCAACAGCUUGUUUCCUGUGUUACGUAUGGUGAUAUUAGUUUGAUUUUGUAAGUGGGAUUUUGUUGAAUAAGUUAUUUUUCCUUGUGCAAAAUGAAGGGAUCAUCUCUUAGUGAUGUUCACUUAGUUAAUAUAAUUUUUAUCGGAAAUUAAAGAUUGCUUUCACUUUGA